AGUCACUUGGAUAUUUUCUCUUGAGAAAGUUGGAUACUAUCUGACUUUUUGGAUCACAAAAUUCCUACCACACCAAGUCCUCAAGACAAUAAUGCAAGCAACAAAUAUCUGCCUACUACCAAACCACCAUUUGUAUCCAUUUCUCAUAUAAACCCCAAAAUUUUGUGGGAAUAGAAACAAAGGAGUGACCAGGAGAAACUUUACAGGAGAGAACAAUGGAGUGUUGUGGCAGGCCUAACAGGAGUGACAUUCAUUUGUCAAGAGAAGAGGAGGCAAAGAUCGAGUCCGAUACAAGAGAAUACUUCGAUGGAGUAACGCCUAAGCGUCACUUGAAGCCUCAACGCAGCGAAUAUGAAUCUCAAUAUGUCGAUGUUAUCUCUAAACAAGAAUCCAUUCCUGAACUCGCUGAGUUCCAACGACUUGAGCAUGAUUCACAGAAAUUGGUUGUGAACGGAAGUGAGGUGAGUGAGGAAUUUGUGGAGACAGAUUACUACAAGGACCUGAACGGCAUAGACAAGCAACACCACACGACAGGGACAGGGUUUAUCAAGGUAAAAAACCCUAGUGACAGAGGUUACCGCCUUGAACCCGAUUCCGACACCAGCAUUCAUGCCUCUUGCCAGUGCAACCCAGCAACUAAUGACUGGGUACCAGAUGCUGCUAAUGCAGAACCUCAUGCUUCAGGCAAGCCAGGCAGAAGUGACAACUAGGGUGGAAUGUGGAUCUCCAUUACCUAUCUUGAGCGAAAUGCUAAGGGCGCAUAACUCUCUGCAUUUGUGACUUUGUGGUUUGUACACGCAUUGAUGUGGCCAAUAAGUUUAUGUUUAAUCACCUGUGUGCCUUGAGUUGAUGAGAGUACGUAAUAAAUAGAGCUUUGUACGCUUCUUCUAGUUACAAGAGGAGGUUUGAAUCUUCGUUUUUAUGAAACAAUCAAGAGCUUCUGAGUUUGUCCGAAGAAAAAGAGCUGCUGAAUCUAUUCCAUAUCAAAA